AUGUGUCAUCAAUCGAAUAACGUCGGAACCACUGGUAUGGGGAUGAUCGGCAAUUUUGGAAAAGUAAAAAGUGGAGGUAUUGUCUUGCUUGGGGCCACUACAAUUCAAUUGGCGAAGUUUUUGACAUCAGAAGUGUUUUCGAGAGCGCUUUACUUCUGGGUUCAGGCUGGCCCGAUUGUUGUUCACUACAAGUUCACGAGAUGGUUCUUGAAGAAAACAAAAGCACCUUUAGAAAAGCGCAACGAGGUCUACGACUCUUUACAUAACAAGUAUAGCAAGCGGUCCUUCGAUAUCGCUUUGCAUCUGAGGGGUCUUUAUGUCAAGAUGGCACAAAUUAUUUCCAGCCGGCCAGAUUUCGUGCCACCCCAGUACGUUGAUAUAUUCAUAACUGCAGAAGACUCGUUGCCACAAUGGUCAAUAGACGAAGUUGUCAACGAGAUCAACGGAACUUUGCAUUCCGAAUUUGGACUUUCUUUUGACGACGUCUUUGAGGGCAUCGAGUCGAUUGCACUAGGUUCUGCUAGCAUAGGACAGGUUCACAAAGCAAAGCUCAAGCCAGAGUACGCUUCUGCUGGUGGGUACAAGGGCGGCGACAUUGUCGCAGUUAAGGUAAUGCAUCGAGGAGCAGAGGGAAGAUUUCAUCACGAUUUCCAAGUCUUUCGCUGGCUAUGUAAAGUUGCACUAAAAGGCUGGGGGCCUAUUCUUGACGAAUGCUAUAGUCAGAUCAUGUCUGAGUUUGACUACCGUAAUGAGGCAAGAUCUUUGUCUAGAGUGCGGCGGAAUAUGAUGAUAAGCCCAUUUCAAGGACGCAUCGUGGUACCUGAGCCAGUUUCGAAGUUGUCUUCCAAGGAGCUACUGAUAAUGCAGAUGUUGGAAGGUAAGAAGUGGAGUGAGGCCAUCGAGGAUGAUCUAGCACUUGCCCUUGGUGGAAAAGAGGAAGCCAGUGCACUGAUCAAGGCGAAGCGGCUGGAUUUGAUCCUUGGCAAGGAAAAGAGGCAGGCAUUACGAGAGGGUGCCACAGAUGCUUCAGUGGGAGGAAAGAGUUCUUCGUUCGACUGGAUGAAAGGUCUUGAUCUCAAGAAGAAACUACGACUUUAUUCUCUGUACAAACGAACCAAAUCGUACGUUGACCUAAUGGUGGAUGUCCAAGGUCACCAAAUCCUGACAAAUGGAGUUUUUCAAGGAGAUCCCCAUAAUGGUAACAUCCUUCUCAUGCCCAAUGGAUCUCUUGGACUGAUUGAUUAUGGUCAAACCAAGACGCUGUCACACGAGCAACGGCUUGGUGUAGCGAGAAUUGUACUAGCAUUAGGUCGCAAAUCAGGUCGUGCAGAAAUUGCCAAAGAGAUGCGAGCGCUUGGUUUCGAGACAAAAUUCGGCAACGAGAAGACGCUUGCCAAAUAUGCAUCACUUUUCUUUGACUCUGAUGUGGCAGCAAAAGAUGAAGGAUGCUCGACACCUCAGCUAUAUUUUGCAAAGCUAACUGCUGAAGAUCCGCUGGUACAUGUACCAGAUGUUGCAAUUUUUGUAGCAAGGGCAAGCUUCAUCCUUAGAGGUAUGGGGACAAUUCUGGACAAGCAAAUUUGCACCGCAAGUCGAUGGAUGUCUCAGGCCGAAGAUGCGUUGCGAGAACAAGGGCAUGAAGAUGCAGCUCCUUUAUAG